CUUCUGCUCUGCUAAAAAAGGACAAAAAAUUCUGAUUCCAAAAACCUCAACAAAAAUCUUCACACUCCAUACACUAAACGCAAACGCACAUUGUUUUCACCAACAUCACACACACACACACACUCUCUCUCUACACUGCACUGUUGUUGUAGAGAGGGAAUUGUCCAAUGAAAUCCAAAGCUGUCGGUAACGGCCACGCCAGCGAGUCCGGCGGAGGCGGAAGCAGCACUUCGCCGAGUCCGCCGCCAUCGCCGCGCCGCCACUCCGGCAUUUCGCGAUGCCGGCGGAGAGUGCGUUCGGCGAAAGACUCGUCGGAGACUCGGCGCGGCCUCGGAAGCUUGGCCGCCGGCAUCAUGGCGCGGCGGAGCCUCCGGUAUUUCUUCCUGCUGCCGGUGGUGUACAUCUCUGGCUUGUUGAUGUGUGUGGGACCAUUCUCUGCUCUCAUUGGCCACGCUCCUCUUCCCGGUUCUCGCUAUCGCAGCCACGUGGUCUUCCACAACCUCUGGGACGAUAUCGAGAACGAUAAUUCCACCGCCAUUGAGUUGUCUUCUGUGUGGAAGUAUAAAAGGAAGUUGAGGGAGCAGAAACCUUGUCCAAACUUGACUACUUUGCAUCGCGAACAUUUUGUGUCCUCUGGAUCAAAUGGUUUUUUGAUUGUUGAGGCCAAUGGUGGUCUUAACCAGCAACGCUCUGCGAUUUGCAAUGCUGUGGCUGUGGCUGGACUCCUGAAUGCAGUACUGGUUAUACCUCAAUUCGAAUUCCACAAUGUGUGGAAAGAUCCAAGUGAAUUCGGGGAUAUAUAUGAUGAAGAUCAUUUUAUAUCCACACUUGAUGGGUAUGUGAAGGUUGUUAAAGAACUGCCAGAGGCACAAAUGGAGCGGCAUAAUUACAAUAUUAGUAAUAUCACUAACAUCAGAGUUCAAGCUUGGGCUCCUGUCAGUUAUUACCUGGGAGUUGUUUAUCCUAUCUUGCAAAAGGAAGGGGUAAUUCGAAUAGCUCCAUUUGCAAACCGUUUGGCAAUGAGUGUCCCUCCACAUAUUCAGUUUUUAAGAUGCCUUACAAAUUAUAAAGCAUUGAGGUUUUCUUCUUCAAUAUCAGCACUAGCUAAAAAACUAGUUAACCGAAUGAUUGAGAAGAGCUCAAGGACAGAUGGAAAAUACAUUGCUGUACAUCUUCGCUUUGAGGAGGACAUGGUAGCAUUCUCCUGUUGUGUAUAUGACGGAGGAGAGGCAGAAAAGUUGGAAAUGGACUCGGUUCGAGAGAAAGGGUGGAGGGGCAAAUUUAAAAGAAAAGACCGCAUCAUUUUACCUAACAUUAAUCGAGUUGAUGGAAAAUGCCCACUAACCCCUCUAGAGGUUGGGAUGAUGCUGCGUGCCAUGGGAUUUGAUAACAAUACUUCAGUAUAUUUAGCUUCUGGGAAAAUAUAUCAUGCAGAGAGAUAUUUGGCUCCUUUAAUUAAGAUGUUUCCUAAUCUUUAUACAAAGGAGUCUCUUGCAACAUCAGAUGAGCUUGCUCCUUUUAUGGGCUAUUCCUCUCAAUUGGCUGCACUGGACUACACAGUAUGCUUGUUUAGUGAGGUUUUCGUAACAACUCAGGGUGGUAACUUCCCUCAUUUUUUGAUGGGCCAUAGAAGAUUCCUCUAUGAUGGCCAUGCCAAGACCAUUAUCCCAGAUAAGCGCAAGCUUGUUGUUCUUUUGGAUGACAUGAGUAUUAGUUGGAGAGCUUUCAAGGAUCACAUGGACGACAUGCUCAAUGAAAGUGACCGCAAAGGAAUCAUGGUACCUAGAGUUAGAAAAAUAAACAGAAAAACUUCUGUCUACACAUACCCGUUACCAGAAUGCAGGUGCCUACAGCAGUAUCAUGCCAAUCAAAUUGACCACAAUCUUGACAUUCUCGAGUUACAACGGAACAAAAGCUUAAAUGGAUGA